AUGUUGACUUCUUUUACUCGCUUCACAGUCGCUCUUGCUCUCACAUUCUCUGUUUUCGGUGCUGCUAUUCCAGCGGCGACAGUGACCGCCGAUACCACCUCUACUGUUACCCCUGUUGGUGCUCUGUGGAAGAACAACGUUCAUGAGAGGGUCACUGCAGCACCUGCACAAACAGCCAUUGCAGAAGGCAGACUUGCUCCUUCCCGGCGGUCCGGUGAGCUCUGGGAGGGGAUCGAGCACGAAGAGGUAGCACGAGACGGAGGGGCACCCGCUCGCAGAUCUGGCGAGCUCUGGCGCGGACUUGAACAUGUGGAGAUUUCCACUUCCCCUGACGCUUGA